GCCUGCUCCCUGCACCAGCCCAGCCCCAAGGCCGGGCGGCGGCGCUUCCUGCCGGGCCAGCGCGAGAGGGAAGCUGCGAGCCCGCGACCCGGCGGCGGAGGCGGCACCACCAUGGACAGCCAGGGCCGCCGCGUGGUGGUCUGCGACAACGGCACCGGGUUUGUUAAAUGUGGCUAUGCUGGUUCGAACUUCCCCGAACAUAUCUUCCCAGCCCUGGUGGGACGUCCCAUCAUCCGUUCCACUACCAAAGUUGGGAACAUUGAAAUCAAGGACCUGAUGGUGGGAGAUGAGGCCAGUGAAUUGCGCUCUAUGUUGGAGGUGAACUACCCAAUGGAGAAUGGGAUUGUGCGCAACUGGGACGACAUGAAGUACUUGUGGGACUACACCUUCGGGCCUGAGAAACUUAAUGUUGACCCUCGCAACUGCAAGAUCCUACUCACCGAGCCCCCCAUGAACCCCACCAAGAACCGGGAGAAGAUAAUCGAGGUGAUGUUUGAGACCUACCAGUUUGAGGGAGUUUAUAUAGCUAUCCAGGCAGUGUUGACGCUCUAUGCCCAGGGGCUCCUCACUGGUGUGGUGGUGGAUUCAGGGGAUGGCGUCACACACAUCUGUCCGGUUUAUGAGGGCUUCUCCUUGCCCCAUCUCACUCGUCGGCUGGACAUUGCAGGGCGUGACAUCACACGAUAUCUCAUCAAGCUUUUGCUAUUGCGUGGUUAUGCCUUCAACCACUCAGCUGACUUUGAGACGGUGCGGAUGAUGAAGGAGAAGCUCUGUUACGUCGGCUACAAUAUUGAGCAGGAACAGAAGCUGGCGCAAGAGACCACGGUGCUUGUAGAAUCCUACACGCUCCCAGAUGGGCGAGUGAUUAAAGUUGGGGGAGAGCGCUUUGAGGCCCCAGAGGCCUUGUUCCAGCCACAUCUCAUCAAUGUGGAGGGCGUGGGUGUGGCCGAGCUCCUCUUCAACACCAUUCAGGCGGCUGACAUUGACACCCGACCUGAAUUCUACAAACACAUUGUGCUUUCGGGUGGUUCCACCAUGUAUCCUGGGCUGCCAUCUCGGCUGGAACGUGAGAUUAAACAGCUGUAUUUGGAGCGGGUGCUGAAGGGUGACGUGGAAAAGCUGUCGAAAUUCAAGAUUCGCAUUGAAGACCCACCCCGGAGGAAGCACAUGGUGUUCUUAGGUGGGGCGGUGCUUGCCGACAUCAUGAAAGAUAAGGACAACUUCUGGCUGCAACGAGCUGAGUACCUGGAGAAAGGAACCCGUAUUUUGGAGAAGCUGGGGGUGACGGUGCGAUAGGCCCUCCUCUUUCUCCUUGCCUUCAUGCAUUACCCACCCCCAUGUCUUCAGUUCCUUCUUGUGUUGAGCCGACACACUGCAGACUCUUGGGGAGGGGGGAACUGGGGCACUGUGGCUUGGGAUCAACACAAGAAAUCUUAGCAGCUUCUAGUUUUCUAAGCAUAUGCAGUUAUUUUGCCCCUCCUCUCCCCCCCAUUCCCUCCUUGCUUUCUCCCUCCCAAGCUGCUCACUCUUAUUAGUAACCUCAUCACAUUCAUCAGACAGGACAGAAGGUUCCCCCCCCCCAAAGGGGCUUAAGGGCUCCACACUGGCCCCAAGUGAGCCAAAGUCCAAUCUUCCAAGAAGUUUUGUGCGAUACGUAUUCUGUGGAAUGCAAGCUGCAAGGCCUGGCUCAGGCAAUCCAUCUGCACCUAGCCUCCCAUUGAAUAAAAGGGGAAGAAGUUUUGAGACCACACAACUAUGUUUUAAACAUAGUUAACAGCUCAGGGAUCUGAGAGACAGGGCUGAAGCCCAGGCCUUGUCUUCCUUCAAGAUAGCAACUCAUCUCCUUCCAUGCUCUCAGCUCUCCCAAAUUCUGCAAAACAGCAGGUUUUGCUCCUUCUGCCCAACCACAUGAGCAAAUAACUACAAGUCUUGCCUCCCGAGUCAGACAUUGACUGCCUUGUGAGGAGGAGGAGGUGACUGCUACUCCAUGGGAAGGGGAACCCUGCUCUUGCUCACCUAGACGUAUGUUUUUUUCAGUGGUAGGCUCAGGGCUGGAUUUUAGCCUUCCACGCUGGUAAGGAUCUAUACCAGAAGCCCCCUCCUUUUUUUAAAAAAAGGAAAGGAACAACCCCUAAGCCUCUUUUUCUACCAGUGGAUCCAACAUAAACAGGAACGAAAAGCAAGGUUCAAGGCCAAUGUCUGGAGGUGCCUCUUUUGAGAAGGCAACCAGUACCCCAACCGAUCCACCCAUCCUCUGCCAAAACAGCCUUCCCAAAAGUAGAGCUGUUCCCUAUUUUUCCUGACUGGGCCCCCAUGUCUGCAGCUGUUAUGUGACAGGCAUAAACCCAAGCAGAAAGCAUUUCAAACCAGGUCUGUUGAGAAAAACUGCACCGUUUAAAGGCACAGGAGUCCCCCCUUGGAAGAAGAGGUGGUAACCAUCUUCCCUCCAUCCCUGCCAAAGCUUUCUGCAGUAUCAGUGAUGCUGCUAUACCUUUCACUUGUCCUCCUGCAUGUCCUCCCCCUCCCCAACAGUCUGUUUUUUACAAGUGGAAGAGAAGGCAAGAGAUAAGACAGCAUGAGUUGGGGAGGGGGACACACCAGAAUGGGACCAGUUGCUGAACCCCCUACUAUGCUUGCUAGAAAGCAGAACCUAGUUCCUGCCACAUCCCAUUAACAAAAAAUUGGGGGACCACAGCAAUAAUUGUUCAUGCUGCCCCCACCUUACCCUGCUCGCCAUAAACCUCUAUCUUCCUCCCUCUUCUUUGAUAAGACAUCUGUUCCCCUGGUGGGGACUACGAUUGCUUCCCCCGUCUCACUUUUUUAAUGGGGCAGAUUAAUAUGGGCAUUUUGCACCAAGUUUGUUCUUUGUAUCAGCUGUAGGGGAAGGAAAAUCACUCCCCUCAUUAACUGCUCUUUUAAAAUCUUGAUUUUUAAAAGUUGAUUUGCUUUCCAAACUCUCUGGCUUUUAUUUUAACACUGGACUGAGGCCUGGGAUGGAGUAGGGAUCUUGGGGGUGGGAGAUGCCAAUGGGUAAACCGGCCCUUCUCCUU